UUGAUUAGGAUAAUGGCACUCUUUCAUUAAGUUCCAAGGUGUGGGAGCGGGAAGCCGGAAGUUUUGAAGCCGACGAAGACAGCUCAAGAUGUCCGAGGACAGUGCGGUUCGUUACUGCGAGAGAUUUUCAUAUUUGUGCCUCAAAUUCACUCUCAUCGCCUAUUCCACCGUCUUUUGGCUAAUUGGAGGCUUCAUUAUGGCCAUUGGAAUCUAUGCUGAGGUUGAGCGACAGAAAUACAAGACGCUUGAUGGUGUGUUUUUGGCACCUGCCAUCAUUUUGAUCCUGCUGGGCAUUGUGAUGUUCAUUGUCUCUUUUAUUGGCGUGCUUGCAUCUUUGCGGGAUAACCUAACUUUACUUCAAGUAUUCCUCUACACCCUCACAGUAUGCCUGAUUAUUGAACUUUUGGGUGGAGUUAUCGCUCUUCUCUUCAAAAAUAAGACAAUGGAUAUAUUAAAUCAAAACAUACGGAAGGGAAUCUCAAAUUACUAUGAUGACCUGGACUUCAAGAACAUUAUGGAUUUUGUCCAAAAAAAGUUCAAGUGCUGCGGUGGUGAAGAUUUUACAGACUGGAAGGCCAACAUGUAUCACACCUGUACAGCGCCUGGACCUCUGGCGUGUGGAGUGCCUUAUACGUGCUGCAUUCAAGAUAAGAAUAGCACAGUUGUCAACACAAUGUGUGGAUACAAAACACUGGAUAAAGAGCGCCUUCAACUCAUUGAUGUUAUCUAUGUGCGGGGAUGUACUGAUGCUGUCCUCAUCUGGUUUUUGGACAACUACAACAUUAUGGCUGGGCUCCUGCUUGGAAUUCUGCUGCCACAGCUGUUUGGCAUCAUCAUCACCUGGCUUUACGUAACCCGAGUGGAGGAUGCUAUUAAUGAGUAUGGCACCAUGAGGGAUGGACUGCUGGAGGGAGCACCACCGGGCAGUGGCGGCCAACCACAACGCAAAGGAGGGUGGUGUAUGUGUCUGCCGGACGAAGAGUAAGGUGACAAGAUCUGACCAUUCAGCUGGCCUCCCAACGCUGUCACCUGCUACCCUCUGUGACCCCCCCACGAGACUGAGGAGAGGGGUGCUGCCCACACACCUCGUCUGUCCUACAUGUUUCCCAGAAUACCAGUGUGAGGGUAAAUUUUACUGCAGACCACCUUUAUGUCCCCUACGUACUGCUACCAUUUGUUAGAACUGCAGAAGCAGCAGCCCACAUUACCAAUUCCAUGCCCACACAAGGCUGGCACUGUGUUUGAACCCACACUGUUUUCAACUAUGCAGACUGGGAAAAGACAUUUCAAAGUUUCCAGGGAUGAAAUCACAAAGAAUUUCACCGCAUACUAGAAAAUGAAUUGUGUUUUUUUUUAAACAGUUUACAUUCGGAGGGGGGCUGCUAAUGUUUUCUUGAAAGGCGCUAUAUUUUAAUAAGCAAAGGGAAGGGCAAUUUUUUAAAGAUGUGAGAUAAUCGGAUUGUAGGGUUUUGUGUUUUUAUUUUGGAAUUACUCAUAAACAGUUACAAACAUG